GAUUACAUUGCAUCCAUCUUCACCAACUCGACGAGCAGUUGUGUUAACUUUCUCCAUGGCUUCCACAUUCCCCCAACACCAAGACAACCAUAAGAUCCCCAAAAACUUCUUCUGGCCGGAAGAAGACAUGGCGCCCGCCCGCGAAGAGCUUAACGAGCCCGUAGUCGACCUCGGGAGCUUCAACACCGGGGGCGAUCGGGCAGAGGCCGCCUACGAGCUCGUCCGGGCAGCCUGUGGGACCCACGGGCUAUUCCAGGUGGUCAACCACGGCGUUGACCUUGAGCUCAUUCGCGAGGCGCGUGAGUGCUCCGUGGCCUUCUUUAAGCUGCCGGUGUCGGAGAAGUUCAAAGUGGAGAAGCGGGUUGGCGCUCUGUUCGGCUACUCGAGCGCACAUUCGGAACGGUUUGAGUCGCGGUUGCCGUGGAAGGAGACGUUGACGUUGGGCUUCCGGGAGAGAUGUACCCGCGUAGAUAUUGUGGACUACUUCACUUCCGCAUUUGGACCCAACUAUGAGCAUGCCGGAUUGGUGUUCCAGAAAUACUGUGACGCCAUGAACAAGUUGGCAAUGGAGAUCAUUGAGAUGUUGGCAAAGAGUCUCGGGGUUGAGCCUUCAUACUUCAAGGGCUAUUUUGAGGAGGGGUUUUCGACGUUGAGGUGCAACUUCUACCCGCUAUGCCUAGAGCCGGAGCUGACCCUGGGCACCGGACCCCAUUGUGACCCAAAUUCCCUCACCAUCCUUCACCAAGAUGACCGAGUCCAAAGCCUACAAGUCUUUGUGGACAACCAAUGGAAAUCCGUGAGGCCUAUCUCUCAUGCACUUGUUAUCGGCAUUGGUGACACCUUCCAGGCUUUGACAAAUAACAUGUACAAAAGUUGUCUACACAGGGUAGUGGCAAACAAAGAGCACGAUAGAUUAUCGUUGGCAUUUUUUGUGUCUGCUAAAGAAGACAAGAUCAUAAAAGCACCUGAAGAUCUCAUCAGCACAGAGAACCCAAGAAUGUAUCCAGAGUUCACAUGGAAUGAUUCCAAUCUUCAAAAUUUUGAUGAUAUUUUCAAGGAUUUUGAGGAGGCAGAGGAAUCAACACCCGAGAGAAACAAUCGUACCGAGGAUGAUGACAAGACAAGGGAGCCCGAGACUUCUGAAGGUCCGGGGAAAGAGGAAACCCUCCACAAAGACGAUGGUGCAAACACACAGCAAUGCCAACGCAGGUGUCGGAGCUCCCCACCAGGGAGAAAACAGCGCCACCGGAGGCCGGCACCCCCCAUCACCACGGUGGAAGCAGAGGCCCUCAUCCAGAGGGUUGGAAUCACGGCUGAGCAAUUCAAGGAGGUGCUGGCGGUACUGACACCCAAUCGCGAGAUUGUGGUGGAAGAUGUGGCUGGGGGACCCACAGGCGGAAAGGCUGGACCCACGGGCUCCCAGGGGAAAAAGAAGAAAGUAAGGCAGUCCCAGAAGAAGAAGGCGACCAAGCCUAAUGGGAAGGCCGUGAUGGAGGAUGCGCUGUCCAGAUUGGACGAAGAAGACGAGUCGUCCUCUUUCGAGCGGAUGUCUGCUUUUGAUCGCUUGGGAGACCCCAAGUCAAAAAAGCCCCGGACCUCCGCGUUCGAACGAUUGCAGGACACUCGGUCGGCCUGUAGAGGCGACCUGAGGGAUACGCUCAAGGAGAAGAGAGGAGAAUCCACGGCGACCUCCAAAAUCGGUUCUGAGGAGCGACGAAGGGCGGUCGAGGAUAAGGGAGCAGCCGAGCAGUGGAAAAUGUAUGAGCAACUGGAGAAGCGGCUGGAUGCCCAAAACCCCUUCCGCCAAGCAGUCUUCAGUGAGGUAACACCCUUUUCCAGAAGGAUAAUGUCCUGCCCUCUCCCGGAUAACUUCAAGACUCCCCAGAUUAAAGCGUACAACGAGACAACCGACCCCCAGGACCACCUUGCUCACUUUGGGGUGAACGUGGUCAUGUACGCAUACCUAGAGGAAAUCAAGUGUCGAUGCUUCCUGGCGACACUGGAGGGGCAGACUUGUGAGUGGUUUCACAAGUUGCCCAAGGGAUCGAUAGAUAAGUGGAGCGACUUGGCCCACAAGUUCUUGGAGCACUUCGCCUCCAGCAGAAGACAAAAGCUCCCCUUCUCACAUUUGCUCAAUGUGAAGAUUCGAAAGGGAGAGCAGCUCCGGGAAUUCAUUAAUAGGUGGGAGAAGGAGGCCAGGGAUGUCCAAGGGGCGGACGACCAAGCCCUGAUCGCCAUGCUCCAAGCUGCACUCCCCCAAGAGGAUGUGCGCAAGGAGCUGCGACGGAAUCCCCUCUCGACUUAUCAGGAGAUGCUAGCCAGGGCGAAAUACCUAGCAUUGGAAGAGGAAGACGAUGAGCCACCAGUCCGGAAGGAGAAGAAAAGCGGGCCACCGGUGGCAGAGAGAAAAAAAAGAAGGAUUACGGACGCACCCAAAUACUGCGAGUACCACCGUAACAGCACCCACAGCACGUCGGAGUGCGUUACGCUGAAGAAGGAGAUGGAUCAGCUGAUCGCCAGGGGGCCGCCUCCUCGGUCGGAGCGACCAUCCUCAAGGCCUACAUUUAUAGCAGGAGAGGGGCAGGAGGAUGGACGACGGCAUCUGGGGAGAGAUUGUGACGACCUAGAUGAGGAAGAAAGGCAGGGCCGCCGACACCUAGGGUGUCGGUUCAUCAUGGGAGGCAACACCAGAGGAGAUUCGGUGUCCUCACGAAAGAAAUGGAAAAAUAUGGUGCAUCUGGCUGAGGUACAAAGGCCACCGCUACCCAAGCGGAAGAAGAAGGAACCCCUGAUUUUCACAGACGAGGAUUACCCACCAGUCCUCAGCCCCCAUAGAGACGCACUGGUGAUAAAGGUGGAAAUCAAUAAUGUGGUCGUCCACCGUACGUUGGUCGAUACUGGCAGCUCGGUCAACGUUAUGUACAGCAACACCUUUAGGGAGUUGGGGUUGUCUCGGAGCAACCUGAAGCCAAUCCAUACGCCGCUGUCAGGGUUCACAGGAGAUACCAUUGAAGCUGAAGGAACUAUCACGGUGAAGGCCGGGGUAGGAGAUGGCACCCACCGACUCUGGAUCGACAUGGAAUUCAUGGUAGUGCAACUCGACUGUGCACACCAUUUGAUUCUGGGGCGACCAGGGUUGGAGGACCUGGAGUGCGUAAUCUCCCCCGUCCACCUGUGCCUGAAAUUCAACACCUCCACAGGGGUGGGAGUGGAAAAGGGGAACCAAAGCUUGUCUCGAUCGUGUUAUGUCAGGGCGACAAAAAGCCAGGCACGAGUCGAUGAGAACGUGAGCACAAUCUGUGCUGCGAUCCAGAAGGAGGAGGGGCGACCUCGAGCUGAGCCAGCGGACGAGAUUGAAGAAGUCACCUUAUACCUGGCCAAGCCAGAGCAGAAGGUAAAGGUAGGUAAAACCCUACCGCCCAGGCUAAAGGAGCAACUAUUGGAGGUCCUUCGAGCAUUCAAGGAGAAUUUUGAAGCCAAGGAUGAGCGAAUGAAGAAAUACAGGGACACUGCACUGGAGUUGCUUAAAGCAUUCGGGGCAUACUGGAUAGAGCAGGUUCCCCGGGAAGAGAAUGCCGAGGCGGACAUCCUGUCAAAGCUUGGCCCGGAUUCCCCAAAACAUAUCAAGGCCAUGACCCAGGAAGAAGAGUUGCUCGAGCCAAGCAUCAGUCCCGGACAAGUGCUGGUCAUCACGCUCAAAGAGCUGGCAGAUUGGAUCGAUGAGAUUACCAUGUACAUCCUUGACGGGUCGCUACCUACUGACCCAAUCGCAGCAAAGGUGGUGAAACGACGUGCACCUAGUUACACGCUGGAGUGCGGUCGGCUGUACAAGCGAUCGUACAAUGGUACAUUAUUAAGAUGCCUAAGAAGGGACGAGGCGUAGAAGUUAAUGGAGGAAAUCCAUGAAGGGAUAUGCUCAGCACAUCAGGGAGCUUUCACAAUGUCCAGAAAGGUGACCCUACAAGGAUAUUUCUAGCCGACCAUCAUCAGAGAUUGCGCGGAAUACGUGCGUAAGCGCCAAGUUUGCUAGGAGUUUCAAAAAGUGCCGGGGCGACCAGCAACGAAUUAUACCCCGACCAGUACGGCGAUUCCCUUUGCUCGGUGGGGUAUCGAUUUGG